AGGAUGGACACGCUACGCGAGUCUUCCGAUAUGAGACUUCCCAGACAUGCGUCGAUGGGCUGAGGUUGUUGAGGACCGGGGAGGUGGUAUAAAGGUGAGUUGGUGCAGGGUAGCUAGGACCGCAUCUCACUCCUCUCACACCUUUUGCUUCGACUUGUAUUGCGAGUCGGUCACUCAGAGCAGAUCUCAAUCCUGCCUCUCAAGAAAGACUAUACCACCCAGGAGUCGCCCACCAUGUCUACCAACCUCUUCGACGAAGAGAAAAAGGUGGUGCCCGUUGUCAGCACUACCUACGACAACGAGGAUCCUUCCGACUCGUCCGACAAUGAGACCUCUAUCGAAGUCAUCAAGGCAUUGGUCUCAGAGGACCAUGAACAUGACAUCAAGCUCCGUACCAUGUCCUGGCAAAAGGCCGCCUGGUUGCUCUGCGGCGACCAGGUGUGUCUAGCUAUCAUGGCUCAGUCCUGGUCGCUUUCGGUACUGGGCUGGGUUCCAGGCAUUAUCACUAUGCUUGUCGCCGGAGCUUUCUUCUGGAUCACGAGUAUGACUAUGCACAAGUUUAUCAUGAAGAACCCCCAAAUCCGCGACAUCUGCGACUUCGCCUACCUCGCCUGCGGCAAAUCCUCCAUCGCCUACACCUUCACAGCCUUCAUGCUGCUGGCCAACAACAUCAUGCUCAUCGGCUUCCACGUCCUCACCGGCGCCAAAGUCAUCAACACCCUCUCCGACCACUCCAUGUGCACCGUCAUCUUCUCCGUCAUCGUCACCCUCAUGGGAAUCAUCAUGUCCAUUCCGCGGACUCUCAAGCACGUCUCCUUCAUGAGCAUGGGUUCCGCCGCCUGCAUGGGUCUUGCCAUCCUGCUCUUCCUCGUCUUCGCGGGAAUUGAGAAGGCUCCUCUGGUUGGAUAUAACGGCGACUACCCUACCGAUGGACCGGUCAGGACGUACGCUUUUCCUCUACCUGGCACGACUUGGGUGGCGUGUAUGAAUGCCGUUCUCAACAUCACCUUCCUCUGGGUCCCCCAAAUCCUCUUCCCAACCUUCAUCUCCGAAAUGGAGAAACCCCAAGACUUCCCCAAAGCCCUCGCCGUCCUCGCCGGCAUCUCCGGUUUCCUCUUCAUCAUCCCACCCGCCAUCGGAUUCCGCUACUUGGGACAAUACUCCACCGCGCCCGCGUUCGGCUCCCUCGGAACCGCCGCCUUCAAGAAAGGAUCCUUCGCCUUCGUCAUCGUCCCCACCCUCGUCAUCGGCGUCAUCUACGCCAACGUCUCCGCCAAAUUCAUCUACACCCGCCUCAUGGGUCGCUCCCGCCACGCCCACUCCAACACCGUCAUCGGCUGGUCCGUCUGGACGGGCGUAAUGGCAGGAAUCUGGGCCAUCGCCUUCAUUUUCGCGGAAGUCAUCCCUUCAAUGGGCGACUUUCUCUCCCUCCUCGGCGCCGUGUUCGACAGCUGGUUCGGUUUCAUUUUCUUCGCGGUCGCGUACUGGCAGAUGAACCGGGGUAAACUCUUCGACUCGACCGGCAAGUCGGUUAUGACGGUCGUGCAUAUUGUUGUUAUGAUUAGCGGGUUGUUGUUGCUUGGUCCGGGCACGUAUGCGGCUGUCAAGGCGAUUAUGGCGGAUUACUCGGGGACUACCAGGCCGGCGUUUAGCUGUAAGAAUGUGGCGAUUUAG